AUGAUGAAUUAUACUUUACGAUUAAUACCAUAUGAUUAAAGGAAUAAUAGAAUAAAGAAUUUAACAUCAAGUAAAUGUACUAUUAAAGGAAGAUUACAUGAUUUUAAGAAAUUGGAAGAAAGUGAAUAAAAGGAUUUUAGUAAUAAUUUCACAAAUAUAAAUGAAGUUGUUUAUGAUAAAACAUUGGAAGAAUAUAAUUUUGAUCAUUUAAUUAUAUAUCUUGAUCCAGAUUUACCUGAAAAUAUAGUAUUAUAAUUUGAAUUUAAAUGUGAUUCAAUUAGAAUACCAAUUAUAAAUGAAGAUUAAUAAUAAAUAGAUACAAUAAUUUAAUAAUCAGAAGAAUAUUAUUUAAGAUUAAAUGUUAAAACAUUACCUUGUUAAAUUGGAGAAUUAAAAAAUGAUGAAGAUUACUCUUGUCAUCCUUGUGAUUACACUUAAGAUUAUUAUUCUGUUAAUCUAAAUUCAAAUAAAUGUAAAAUUAGAGAUAAUAUUUAAAUGGAAUAAGUAAAGUCAGCAUAAAUCAAAUUAAGACCUAAUUUUUGGAGACCUUAUUUCUAUGCAGAUCUUGUUGAAUAUUGUUAUAAUUUUGAACUCAAUUGUUUAGGAGGAUGGAAUUAUGGAGAUUCUUCUUGUUCUUUAGGACAUAUUGGAGCAUUAUGUGAAUAAUGUGAUAUUUAUAAUACAAGAGGAUAUGGAUCAUAUUCAAUAAGUUAAAAAUAUAAAUGUGGAUCUUGUGAUGAUACUGAUUCAAAUACUUUAAUCAUUAUAGCCAUUUCAUUAUGGACUCUCAUUUCUAUUUCAAUAUCUGUAAAAAGCACAGUAGAAAUCAUUAAACAAUUAGCCAAAGCAUCCAAAUUAAAGUAGAUUGGUAUUAUGAUAAUAGUAACAAAAAACAAUGCUGUUAAUUUCAUCAAGAUACUUACCAAUUAUCUUUAAAUUAUUGCAUCUAUUAGUACUUUUUAAUUAUAAUUACCUUAAAAUAUGGAAUCAGCUAUGAAUUCUUUAGGAAAUCCAGUAGAAACAAUGGCAUAUUCUUUAGAUUGCUUUUUAAAAGAUAUAUUUGAAGGCAUUUCAAUUCAUUAUUCAAGAACAAUAUGGUAAUUAAUUAUGCCAAUUGUUUAUAUUCUUUUAUUCUUAUAAUUGUAUGAAGUAGGAGUAAUUCUUAAACAAAUUGAUUUUAAUUGUUGUGUAAUUUCAACAUCAUUGAUUUAUAUGUUCAUAUAUUUUCAACCUAAUAUCAUUGCUGGAUAAAUUGGAUUGUUAUCUUAUAGAUCAAUCUCAGAAUAUAAAUGGAUAUUAGGUAAUGUUGCUAAUAGAUAUGAUACAAAUGAUCAUUAUAAAUGGUUACUUUCAUUCAGUUUUCCAGUUUUAUUUACUUUUGGUGUUUUAUUACCUGCAUUACUAUUUAAUAGACUUUAUAAAAUUAGAAAUACUUUAUAAAAUAUGAAAAAUAGAUUAAUUUGGGGUUAUUUGUAUAAUGAAUACAAAGAAAUUGCAUAUUAUUGGGAAAUCAUUAAGAUAAUCUAAAAAGAAUUAAUUAUUAUUGUACUUACAUUUUAUUAAGAUUAAAUUAUUGUUAAAGCUGUAUUAGCCUAUGGAAUUAUCUUUAUUUACAAUUACUUAACAUUAUAAAUAUUCCCAUAUUAAUCUAUGUAAUUAAACAUUUUAGAUCAUUAAUCAACCAGAGUUUGUGGUUUUUCUAUUGUUUUGGCUAUUGGAAUAUAUGGAUCAUUAUAAAGUGGCAUUAUCGAAGUUUAAAUUCCAUUUUAUAUUAUAAUGGCAAUCAUCAAUUUUCUAUUUUUGGCCAAGCUAAUCUUAUAAAUAAUUAAGGCUUAUUUUUAAUAGUUUGAACUUAUAAUUGAUAUCAUCAGAGAUCUUAUUAGAACUAAAAUCCCAUCAUUACAAUAAUAUCCAUUCUUUUAAAAAUUGUUAAAAAACCAAAAAUAAACGAGAUUAAGAGCUUAAAAGAAUUUUAGAAAAAUCAAAGUCUCUGUUAUAUUAAUGUCAAGAUAAAUUCUUCAAAAUAAAAAAGUCAACAAUAAUAACAAUACUUAAGAAAGAAAAGGAACAUUCCUUUUUGAAACUAAAUUAACAUUAAAUUUAUUAGAAACAAAGCAAAAUCAAUAACGAUCUUCAUUAGAUGAAGAUAAUAAAAAAAUUUAGGUAAUAGGAUUAAAUGUUAAUUGA